AUGGAAAAUACGAAUCAGCCUCCUCCCGGCGUGAGACGUGAACUCUCAACGGACCCUGUGAAAGCGCAGGGUAUAUUGACAUCAGUCACAAAAAAAGAAAAGCAUGCAGCAAGACUGUGGCAACAACGAUGGAGCUUUCUUACUCGUGUUAGAGAAAUGCAAGAAGAAGAGGCACUGAAGAUGGGAAUGACUUUAGAUGAGUACAGAGCAGCAGUCCGUUCAGUAAGUUGCAAGCCAGAAAGAGAAAUUACUGUGCAAGUUGAACCGUCUCCUACGCCAUUACCGCAAACUACUUCUGCUAUGAUUGGUCGUCGCGCCAAAUGCAGCCUGGAGGCAUAUGGACCGAUAGUUCAAACAGCUCGCCACUUCCCCGUCCGUCCGCCGCUUCCGCCGGGACAAAUUUAUGACCCAUACAAGCAAACUGUAAUGUUUUUAGGGAGUGUCGAAGGAGAUCCCAUAUCUUACAAUCUACCUAAGUCACGUUGCGAGGUGACAGACGACAUGUGGGCGCGACCUCAGCAGCUCGCGGUCACACAGUUUAAAUUGGACAGCUUGUAA